CGAGGCCAAAUAAUCAUUUCGCGCGGCAAAAGAAUAAGGCACUGUUAAGUUGCCAAACCCUUGACCUCUCGGCUUCUCAUUCUAAACGUUCAGUCGUGUGGGUUUGUGCAGCGAAACGUUUCUUCUCUCUUCUCGUUGUCCUUUUUUUAUUCGUGCAUAGGUGAAGUGAUGGGACCAGAAGAGGACUCCAUCGAACAAGCUGCAGCAGCUCGCCGGGAGAGGCUAAGAGCUCUUAAAGCUGCUCAGGAAUUGCUAAACACCCCAGAUGAGGAUUCUGCUCAAGUUGAGCGUGAGUCUAAUGAUGAGAAUGGAACUGACGAAGAAAAUAAUCUCAACAUGAAAUUUCGGAACUAUGUUCCUCAUGAUAAGCAGCUUCAGGAGGGAAAGCUUGCUCCACCAGUGCUUCCAAAGUUUGAAGACCCUAUUGCAGCUGCGCCUCCACCAUCAGCAAAAGAGGAUCCAUUUGUGAAUAUUGCUCCAAAGAAACCAAACUGGGACCUUAGGAGGGACGUGCAGAAGAAACUUGAUGAGCUCGAAAGACGCACCCAAAAGGCAUUGUAUAAACUUAUGGAGGAACAAGAAAACCAGAAGCAAUUGGCUGAAGAAAAUGGCGGCAAUGAUGCGGAAGAUGAAAACUAGAAUUUUUGUAGGUGAAGCUCAGUUGGAGAAUUGUGGCAAAAGCAGUACAGAAGAAAUUAGUAGAGUUUAGGUAAGAAGAUAUCAGUUGAAAGAACUUCUGGAAUCAUCAUCUAGGUAAAAAAAAAAAUGUAGAAAUUCGGUGAAGGCGCCAUAUUCCUGCUGAUAGGGUCCACUAGAUAUUGUUGUAUUCAGGUUUUGAAUGUUGUGUUUUUACUUAUCUUUUAUGUUUUGAUGGGCUGCUGAAAAUGUCUACUAUCCCGCCCCCAAUUCCUCUUAACUCUCAAGAAGGAAUUGGAAGUGUAAUUCUGUAACUCCCUACGUUUAAACGGGCUUUAAAAUAUUUAUGGCGUGUUGAACUCGUUUUAAAUCACA